AUAAUCAAGACGAAUCUAACGACGACAUACAUUUAAAAAGUGAUACCGCCAGUGAUUUAAGCAAGAGUGAUAUACAACCAAAUAAAAAUCUUGAAAAUAUAUUGAGAGCAAUACGAACUCUGGAUGAA